GGGGGGAGCUGCUUCCUUACAGCGGAAGGAGACGACGGAGCUCCUGCAGGACAAUGUGAGACACACGGAGAGUUGAUCGGACGCAGCAGCGAGCAAACACCCGGGAUGGAAGCGGGGAAGAUUUAACCCGCAUCGGACUUAAAUCUUAACGGGAAUUCUUCUGAAAAUUCGCCUUCUUUUCUUCUGAGGAAGCGGCCGCAGCGAUGGGAAUACUGCGCUGAGGAGAAGCGGCGGCUGGGCCGAGAAAGGGAGAAAGAUGGGUGUCGCGCUGCGGAGUCUGUUGUUGUGUAGUUUUUGUUUUCUCAUACGAGCUGAGCCGCUGCUCCUGUAUGCCAACCGACGGGACCUUCGGAUCGUGGACUCGGCACACGAAAAGGCCAAUGCCACAGUGGUGGUGGGAGGCCUGGAGGACGCUGCCGCUGUGGACUACGUGUACUCUCAGGGGCUCAUUUACUGGAGCGACGUGAGUGAGGAGGCCAUUAAACGCACCUUCUUCAACCAGUCGGGCACCGGCGUGAUCCAGACAGUGGUACCGGGCCUGGCCUCUCCAGACGGACUGGCAUGUGAUUGGUUAGGGCGCAAACUUUACUGGACAGACUCGGAAACCAAUCGGAUUGAAGUGUCUGAGCUGGAUGGAUCUCUGAGGAAGGUUCUGUUCUGGCAGGAGCUAGACCAGCCCAGAGCCAUCGCUCUGGAUCCAGAACGAGGGUUCAUGUACUGGACGGACUGGGGUGAGAUCCCAAAGAUCGAGCGAGCUGGAAUGGAUGGGACGAACCGCUCCAUGAUCAUCGAUAAGGACAUCUACUGGCCCAACGGGCUGACCCUGGACUACCACCAGCAGAAGCUGUACUGGGCCGACGCCAAGCACAACUUCAUCCACCGCUCCAACCUGGACGGCUCCUCCAGGGAGGUGGUGGUGAAAGGGGAGCUGCCUCACCCAUUCGCCCUCACCCUGUACGAGGAAACGCUCUUCUGGACUGACUGGAACACCCACUCCAUCCACUCCUGCAGGAAGCAGACGGGAACGGAGCAGCGGAUCGUCCACUCCGACAUCUUCUCGCCCAUGGACAUCCAUGUCUUCAGCCCCAGGAGACAGUCCCUCUCAGCAGUGAGCAGUCCCUGUUCCCAAGACAACGGAGGAUGCUCCCACCUCUGCCUCCUGUCCCCCACUGGACCCAUGUAUCGGUGCGCCUGUCCCACUGGAGUCCAGCUGCUGGAGGACGGAAAGACCUGCAGAGAUGGUCCGACUCAGAUGCUGUUGCUGGCACGGCGAACAGACCUGCGGCGGAUCUCUCUGGACACGCCAGAUUUCACCGACAUCGUCCUGCAGGUGGACGACAUUCGGCACGCCAUCGCCAUUGACUAUGACCCGGUGGAGGGGUACCUUUACUGGACGGAUGAUGAGGUGAAGGCCAUCCGCCGCUCGCUGCUGGAUGGCAGCGACUCCCAGUUCGUAGUCACGUCUCAGGUGAGCCACCCCGAUGGCAUUGCCGUCGACUGGAUCGCCCGGAACCUUUACUGGACUGACACUGGGACAGACCGGAUCGAGGUGACCCGGCUCAAUGGCACCAUGCGGAAGAUCCUGAUCUCUGAAGACCUAGAUGAACCCAGAGCCAUAGUUCUGGACCCUGUGGCUGGGUACAUGUACUGGACUGACUGGGGACAGAUACCAAAGAUUGAGCGGGCCAAUCUGGACGGGAUGGAUCGGGUGGUAAUGGUGAACACGUCUCUGGGCUGGCCCAAUGGGCUCGCACUCGACUACGACGAACGCAAAAUCUACUGGGGAGACGCCAAGACCGACAAGAUCGAGGUGAUGAACAUGGACGGGUCGGUCCGGCGAGUUCUGGUGGAGGACAAACUUCCUCACAUCUUCGGCUUCACCCUGUUGGGGGACUACAUCUACUGGACGGACUGGCAGCGCCGCAGCAUUGAACGGGUCCACAAACGCACCGCCGACAGAGAGUUCAUUAUUGACCAGCUGCCCGAUCUCAUGGGCCUCAAAGCCACCAACGUGCACGAGGCCUUUGCAGGAACAAACCCCUGUGCAGAGAACAACGGCGGCUGCAGCCACCUCUGCCUGAACACGCCUCAGGGCGUGCAGUGUGGCUGUCCCAUUGGCCUGGAGCUCAUCGCCGACAUGAAGACCUGCAUCGUCCCCGAGGCCUUCCUGCUCUUCUCCCGCCACACCGACAUCCGCCGCAUCUCCUUGGAAACCAACAACAACAAUGUGGCCAUCCCGCUCACCGGCGUCAAGGAGGCGUCCGCGCUCGACUUUGACGUCACCGACAACCGGAUCUACUGGACUGACAUUACCCUGAAGACCAUCAGCCGUGCCUUCAUGAAUGGCAGCGCUCUGGAGCACGUUGUGGAGUUUGGGCUGGACUAUCCAGAGGGCAUGGCUGUGGACUGGCUCGGGAAGAACCUGUACUGGGCCGACACUGGCACCAACCGCAUAGAGGUGGCCAAACUGGAUGGGCAGCACAGGCAGGUCCUGGUCUGGAAGGAUCUGGACAGUCCACGAGCUCUGGCUCUGGAUCCUGCAGAGGGAUACAUGUACUGGACCGAGUGGGGUGGGAAGCCGAAGAUUGACCGCUCGGCAAUGGACGGGACAGGCCGCAUCACACUGGUGGGCGAUGUUGGCCGAGCUAACGGACUCACCAUCGAUUACGCAGAGCGCCGGCUCUACUGGACCGACCUGGACACCACGUUGAUAGAGUCCUCCAACAUGCUCGGGAAGGACCGGGAAGUGAUAGCUGACGACCUCCCACAUCCGUUUGGCCUUACCCAGUACCAGGACUACAUCUACUGGACCGACUGGAGCCAGCGCAGCAUCGAGCGGGCCAACAAGACCAGCGGUCAGAAUCGGACCGUGAUCCAGGGCCACCUGGACUACGUCAUGGACAUCUUGGUGUUCCACUCAUCCAGACAGGGCGGCUGGAAUGCCUGUGCCUCCACCAACGGACACUGCUCCCACUUGUGCCUCGCUGUCCCCAUCAGCAGCUUUGUCUGCGGAUGCCCCGCCCACUUCUCCCUCAACUAUGACAAUAAGACCUGCAGCGCUCCAACGUCGUUCCUCCUGUUCAGCCAGAAAACCGCCAUCAACAGGAUGGUGAUUGACGAGCAGCAGAGUCCCGACAUCAUCCUGCCCAUCCACAGCCUCCGGAACGUCCGGGCAAUCGACUACGACCCGUUCGACAAGCACCUGUACUGGAUAGACUGCAAGCAGAACGUCAUCCGCCGUGCUCAGGAGGACGGGAACCAGAGUAUGACCGUGGUGUCAGGCUCUCUGGUCGGGUCCAAUCAGGGUCUGCAACUGUACGACCUAAGCAUAGACAUCUACAGCCGCUUCAUCUACUGGACCAGCGAGGUCACCAACGUCAUCAACGUGACCCGAAUGGACGGCAGUCGAGUCGGGGUGGUUCUGCGGGGCGAGCACGACAAACCACGGGCCAUCGUAGUUAACCCGGAGAGAGGGUAUAUGUACUUCACCAACCUGCAGGAGCGCUCGCCCAAGAUUGAGCGGGCGGCGCUGGAUGGGACAGAGCGGGAGGUUUUGUUCUUCAGUGGGUUGGGGAAACCCGUCGCUCUGGCCAUUGACAAUGAGGUGGGAAAGCUGUUCUGGGUGGACUCGGACCUGCGGCGCAUCGAGAGCAGCGAUCUGUCUGGAGCCAAUCGGAUUGUGAUUGCUGACUCCAACAUCCUGCAGCCGGUGGGCCUGACGGUGUUCGGGGACCACCUGUACUGGAUCGACAAGCAGCAGCAGAUGAUCGAACGGAUCGACAAGACCACGAGGGAGGGGCGCACCAAGGUCCAGGCUCGCGUGGCGUACCUGAGCGACAUCCAUGCUGUGCACGAGCUCGACAUGAGGGAGUACGGCAAACAUCCGUGCACCGGGGACAACGGCGGCUGCUCCCACAUCUGCAUCGCCAAAGGAGACGGGACGACGCGCUGCUCGUGUCCCGUCCACCUGGUUCUGCUGCCAGACGAGCUGUCCUGUGGAGAGCCGCCCACCUGCUCUCCGGAGCAGUUCGCCUGCACGUCCGGGGAGGUGGACUGCAUCCCACACGCCUGGCGCUGUGACGGCUACCCGGAGUGCGACGACGGCAGCGACGAGGACGACUGUCCCGUCUGUCCCGAGUCCAAGUUCCAGUGCAGCAGCCGGCAGUGCAUCGAAAUGAGCCUGCGCUGCAACGGGGAGAUCAACUGUCAGGACCGAUCCGACGAGACCAAGUGUGAAGUCUGGUGUCCAGCCGACCAGUUCACCUGCUCCAACGGCCAGUGCAUCGGCAAACACAAGAAGUGCGACCACAACAUGGACUGUAGCGACAACUCGGACGAGAUCGGCUGCUAUCCGACGGAGGAGCCGCCGGCUCCCCCCAACAACACCAUCAGCUCCAUUGUGGGCGUGGUCAUGGCUCUGUUCGUGGUGGGUGCCAUCUACUUCGUGUGUCAGCGUGUCCUCUGUCCUCAGAUGAAGGACGACGGCGAGACAGUCACCAACGACUUUGUGGUUCACGGGCCGUCGUCAGUACCGCUGGGAUACGUCCCGCAUCCCAGCUCGCUGUCCAGCUCGCUGCCGGGUAUGUCCCGAGGGAAGUCUGUUAUUGGCUCUCUGAGCAUCAUGGGGGGCAGCAGCGGGCCGCCGUACGACCGCGCCCACGUCACCGGAGCUUCGUCCAGCAGCUCAUCCAGCACCAAAGGAACCUACUUCCCCCCGAUCCUGAAUCCUCCUCCGUCUCCGGCCACGGUCCGAUCUCAGUACACGUUGGAGUUUGGUUAUUCCUCAAACAGUCCCUCCACACACAGAUCCUACAGCUACCGCCACUACAUCUACCGCCACUUUGCCCCCCCGACCACCCCCUGCAGCACAGACGUGUGCGACAGUGACUACACGCCGGGACGCCGGGCGCCGCUGAAGUCAAGCACCACCGCCGCCAAGGGCUACACCAGCGACCUCAACUACGACUCGGAGCCUUUCCCACCACCGCCGACACCCCGCAGCCAGUACCUGUCGGCAGAGGAGAACUGCGAGAGUUGCCCGCCAUCGCCUUACACCGAGCGCAGCUACUCCCACCACCUCUACCCGCCACCGCCGUCGCCCUGCACAGACUCCUCGUGAGCCCUCAGAAUCCCACCCUCCGCACAGCUCCGCCCCCUCACUGUAAAUAGCAUCAAAUUGUGCAUAAAUGAGGUUAAAAAUGGGAAAGAGAGACUGACGUAACAGGAGGAGAGAGACGCCGGACGAAUAAAGGGAAAUGGGAGAGAGAGAGGAGCUGCAGAACAUUUGUACAUUUAAAAGAGAAAAAUCAUAUUUAUAUAUUUUCUAUACAGUGUUUACUGAUGAUGCCAUAGAGGUUUGUAUUAAGAAAUUUGUACAUUUUUUAAGAAAAGGUUUUAUUAAAAUCAUCACAAAUAUAAGUUGCCUUAAACCAGGAGAAACGAGGCUGAAGGACUCCAAGCACAGGAAACAGCGUGGCGUUCAACCUACUGAUGCCAAAUAUACAAAGCCACAGGAAGAGGCUCCGCCCACCACCGCACCACUCUGUAGUUACCCCAACAACUGGACGAGGUGCGAGCGGAGGGGAAUGUGGUACUGGCUCUUUGAUUUGAAUUUACCUCCUCUUGUUUUUGAGCGGUUCGUAUGACAGCGCCUGCAAAGGAUGUGACUUCUGAUCUGACCAAUCAGACCCAGGACGCGGGUUCUGAGCCAAUCAGCGACACCGUAAGGCACAUAUCGAUCGAUCAGAGACAAUCUGAAGUAAAACGAGUUGGAUCAGAAUCUACAGAACCGCAGAGAGAGCACGAGCACAGUCUCUAACAAACAAACGUGAUAGUAAACCAAAACGUUUGUUUGCCAACUUCAGCGCACUGCUCUGUUCGUGUCCCUCCGAGGCUUCCGUACGACACGUCGUUGCCGUCAGCAUCACGACUCACAUCCUGAAGCGGCGAGUUUGUUCUGGCAGGAUUUAAACCAAAACGUACGUUUGUGUUUGCUUCAUCGUGUUCGGCUGCGGCUGAGUGAUGCCACAUUGGGUCGCGUCCUCACGCUCUGUGUUGCACCAGGUGGCGUCCACCUCCUGCUCUAUGUGCCACCAGGUGGCGUCGUCCUCCUCAGCAUACCAGGUGGCGUCCUCCUGCUCAGCAUACCAGGUGGCGUCCUCCUGCUCAGCAUACCAGGUGGCGUCCUCCUGCUCAGCAUACCAGGUGGCGUCCUCCUGCUUAGUAUACCAGGUGGCGUCCUCCUGCUCAGCAUACCAGGUGGCGUCGUCCCAGCCGGCGCCACCACGUGGCUUGUCUGGUUCUGUGUUGAAGCUCCCGUGGAAGAAGACGUGCCCCUCGUGGGCAGGAUCUUGUGCCUGAGCAGGUUCAUAACUUCAUGUUUUCUUUCUGUUUGUGAGGGAAAAGAAUCCAGUGCCCACUAAAUGCUUUAUAGUAUUUUUGUACCACAUAUUGUGUAGAUAACGUAUUUAUAAGCUAUAUAGAAAAUCAUUGUAAAUCUAUCCAUUGACUUCUUGCAGUACUUUUCAUUCCGUCUUUUUUUUAUAUUGCCUCAUUCUAUUUUUCUACAGAAUCAGACGUACGGUGACAAUCUCAGAUCAGUCCAGGAACAUAUCCAGGUUUUAAUGUCUCUUAAUGUAAAGUCGCUCUGAUGUUUGAAGGACUUUUGUGCCAAAUCAGUCUGUUGAUCAGCGUGGAGUCCGACGUCGGGACCGGAGGUCAAACGCUGCAUAAAAAACGCUUUGUUCAGAAAUCUAAAAGUGUUCCCUCCUCGUUUGGUCUCGUUCAAGGAAAAAAAAAACACCAGCAUGACUCAAGACAAUCGUAUUUUUUACAAAAAGAAAAAAAAAAAGAAAAAAGCUUUGUGUUUUAAUUUUCUCAUGAAAAGCACAAACACCUGUAAAGCCGUUUCAGCCGUGAUGGUGAUUCGAGGAACAGUGGGAUCUGGCUCUGGUUUCUUGAAGAGUUUGUUUCACCAGAAACCAAAAACAGAUCAACGUUUUGGUUUUUAUUAAACAAAAGAUGUAAAAAGAGAUUCUGAAGUUUGGAAAAUGUGAGCUGGAUUCUGGUCCUGGUCAGGAAGGGAAGCGUUGUAAAAAACAACAUCCUGUGAGGUUUCAAAUUCAAGGUCCCCAUGAACACAAAUUAACUUUUUUUUUUUUUUUUACUGGGGUCACCUGAAAAUCUUUUACUGCCCAAACUGAGACAAGACACCAUGUUUUAGUCAUUUUUGGUAAAAAUCCAAAAUUAAUGUGAUGACUCAUCCUGGUUAUAUAUAAAAAAAAGGUUAUUUGGGUGUUUCAACUGUUUCAUGAGGACUUUAGGGAAUAACUGUUGUUUCCAUUCAGGAAAUAAUGGAGUCUGAUUAAAUCUGGCUGCAAAUGUUUGGUUCUUUGGAUCUCCUUCCUGGACCAGAAUUCAGUCUUUCUGGACUUCAGGACAACUGCUGGUGGUUUAGGUCCUGAAUGUCUCACAAGUUGCGCUCAAUGUCGUAGAUUUGUCUCGCUGCUGCCUCCGCGCACCCCGACCCUUUGCCUACCAGCCAACGCUACCUGUGGUACGACCCCACCCCUUCCAGGUGGGGUCUUACUCUUCUGUGGGAAAAGUUCUCGUUUCUGCACUUUACAGGAAGUUUUCUGUCUGAGCUGAUUCGGUACAAAGCGAGGUUAAAAAGAGGACUGACAGGGCAAAGCAGGUUGUUUCAGCCGGUUCCGAGUCGGGGUUUUUGGGUUAAAUCAUUUCCUGUCAACCUUGUUGUUUGUUGUGAAAUGAUGUCACAUCUGAUUAGAUGUAAAAUCUGAAGAAAAGCUAAAAUUGGCUGUUUUUCUUUUUGACAGUGAAGAUGUUUCUGUUGUAAAUGAAAAUGAAGAUGUUGGACUAUUUCAGUAGAAAACCAACCUGCAGACGGCCUCCCGGCCUGCAGGUGGUGCUGUUGGACAGUCCAGCUCCUGGGCAUGACGAACAGACUGAACGUGGAUGAAAAGGCUCACAGGAAGUAGAAAUGUAACAGAAAAGCACUUUGUCUCCAUGUUGGUGGGAGAGGACAGGUAACCUCGUCUGUUUGGAUCACACGGUGCUUCGUGUUGGCGACGACCAACGUUUGGUUCGUUUUUAGUUUCCAGUCUGUUUUUGUCUGUUUUUGUUCGUAAAGCCAAGCAUCAGAUGGACCUGUACAGCCAUCCAGCUGCCUCCAGAAGCUGUUGUAACUCAUCUAAAGCUGAUUUCUUUCUUUUUGUUAAAUAUAAAUUGAGUGAACUUUA